AUCGACUGGUGGUGGUUGGCGGCGGAAUUCCAUCCCAAUGUCAAGAGCAAUCCAUGGUCUCCUCCGGCGACGGGACGGGAUCAAUCACCAUCUUCAUCGGUUGAGUUCCCCAUCUUCAGUAUGCAGUCCAGCUCCACAGGAUCUAUUCUCGAUCCCUUUUUCUUCUUCAUGUUUGCCCUAUCCUUCACGCGCCGACAGUUUGUUCCUCCGUACGCAAUCGAAGUUUCUCUCCUCUCAUUCAUUUGCUGCGAAGCCCACCUCCUCAAUUGGGACAUUGUCCCGAUUUUUAUAUUCUUCGGAGCAAAAUCCUCUUUCUUCCGUGAUUCGCGCUUCGCGGAAAUACUACGCUUCUUCUAGCCGUACUCCCCAGACAUUCUCUUCCAGGAGGUCUGUAAUUCCUAAAGAGGGCGACAACUGUGCUGGGUUUCGCUCCUUCUCCUUUAAAUCUUCUUAUUUGGGUAAAGUCAAUGGAGGUUUCGCAAAAAAGGUCAUUGAUAAGCCAGUGACUGCAGUGCGUUCUGCUUUCUCCCGAUACAGUGAGGCCAUCGGUUUGCAAGUUGAGGCAUUCUUUAAGAGGAAUUACCUGUUUCUACUUGGGGCAGCUGGCGUUAUGGUUUGUGCGCUGCUCUGGAGGAUCAUGUUUGGGAUUGCAAACGCCUUCAUUGGGCUGUCGGAAGGCAUGGCUAAGUAUGGGUUUCUUGCCCUUUCAUCUGCUAUCGUUGCUUUUGCUGGCUUGUACAUUCGCUCAAGAUUCACAAUCAACCCUGAUAAAGUAUAUAGAAUGGCCAUGACAAGACUUAACACUUCUGCUGGGAUUCUUGAAGUUAUGGGUCCCCCCCUUUCAGGAACUGAUUUAAGAGCCUAUGUGAUGUCAGGAGGUGGGCUGACAAUAAAGAAGUUCAAGCCAAGUAUUAGGAGCAAGCGAUGUUUUCUCAUUUUUCCCAUAAGAGGUUCUGAGAGGAAGGGUCUAGUAAGUGUUGAAGUCAAGAAAAAGAAGGGCCAGUAUGAUAUGAAGUUAUUGGCUGUCGAUGUUCCCAUGGCUUCAGGCCCAGACCAGCGGUUGUUUUUGAUCGGGGAUGAAGAAGAAUACAAAGUUGGCGGGGGACUGAUAUCGCAGCUUAGAGAUCCUGUAGUGAAAGCAAUGGCGGCAACCAAAGAAUUUGAUGAUCUUGACCUGAUUGAAGAAGAGGAAGAUGCUGAAAGAGAACGUCAGGAGGCUGAAAGAAAGCAACGUGAAGAAAUUGAAAAGCUGGAAAGCAGUGGCCCUCAGCAAUAGUUCCUAAUUUCUGGUUUUAAUUUAUUGAUUUGUUAUCUAAGUUUGUUUGAAGGAUGCUGAGGCUUCAGUUGUCUGAGCUGCAUUAUUGUGGUUUAUAACACAUUUUUUUUUGUUUUGAGUUUCAAGCUAGGUAAGUUCACAACAUCCUGUACCGCAAAUUGCCAAUUUUAUCCGAACCAAAGUUGAGAAAAUAAAGCAUACAGGUACUGAGGUGCACAAUAAAGGUUUUGACGUUUGACCCAAGUGUUUUAACCUUUAUGAAUGGUCGUUACUGUUUUAGACUUUAGUGUUGUUCCACACAGCGAUGGCCUAUGCAUUUCCAAAUAGAGAUGUCCAGUUUCUUAUUUUGUUGAAAAGCGUGUGUUAUCUCUGUAACGUCAGCAUGAUAGUUGCUGACAAGCUAUGACAGCCCACCUUGCCCUUAGAGAUGCCAUGAGUGAAGAAGGAUCUCGAGGUUGGUUUGUGACAAUAACUACGUUCUUGCUUAAUUGAUAAGUCUCCACCCAAUUGACCCCACAUUCACGCUGAGAAAUUUGCCGACUUUUUAAAUGGCCCUUCUGCUCAACCUAUGUUUUUCCUACUUGUCUGCAUGGGCUAUCUCCCGAUCAACGUUCAAUGUCUUUCUCUUCCUCUCAGGUUCAUUAGCGACCGGUUUUGAAGAAGACAACCAACCAAGCAUCAAGAGAACGAACCAAUGCCCAAUGGACGGUGUGAGAUUUUGGCAACUAGGCCCAGUUGCGAGUUCCUCCUUCAGAAAUCCAAGUUAGGUUUGACCAAAAACACAAAAAAUCCAAAAUGAAGGUGUGUCUUUUUGCUGAGUUUAGUUAGAUUGAUGAUGAUGUGCCCGCCACGUCAUAUCAUGACUCCUUUCAAUCCAUGUGCGGAACAUUAUGACAGGUUCGAUGUUGAAUAUGAAAUCAAAACAAACAAUGAUGUCUGUCAUUUUUCUCCUCUCUGAAUCUGAAAUUACUUUGACCAAAGGUUCUAGCUUCAUCAUACCCCAUUUGGCUCCUACCGAUGUUUUGAGGAUUUGGCGCGCAACUUCCAGGAACUCCUCAUCCUAGCUCUCGGCUCGGUAGGCUUGUUCACAAAAUGCUCACGUAUAAUACUACUGGAGGUAGAGAAAAGGAAUAUUAUUUGAAAAGUGCACAACUGUAUAAGGAGGAGCGAGGGAGUGGCCUUUUUGAGUGGUGGAAGUUUGAGCUUAUAGACAACAGUACAAUUCGUUGUAUUGUUUUCAUCAAUGUUGCGUGGAACUUGGUGUCUGCAGUGUGGUUUCAGUGUUCAAGAGCAAGGGGUGGACAGGACAACACUAAUGGAAGUGGUAUGGUACUUGGUAGUUAAAAAGGCUUUGUUGUUAAACUCACUCAUUAUUCAUCAUUGCUGUCAUUGAAAGUUAUGAAGAACAAUUAUUUCCGGAUUCAUAACCAAUCCAGUCUGAUAUCAAUGUCAUUUAGCUAA